UUGGCAACGUGGGACUCUGAGAAAGGACUGAACGGUAGCCUACAAGAACGACGUCUGGGCAAUGACUUACAAGGACUGACACUCAAAGUGGUGACUGUCUUGGAAGAACCUUUUGUGAUGGUGGCAGAGAACAUACUUGGGCAACCAAAACGAUACAAAGGAUUUUCCAUUGAUGUCCUAGAUGCACUUGCCAAGAAUCUGGGCUUCAAGUAUGAGAUAUAUCAAGCUCCUGAUGGCAAAUACGGACAGCAACUUCAGAAUAGCUCCUGGAAUGGCAUGAUUGGAGAACUCAUUAACAAGAGAGCAGACCUAGCCAUCUCAGCCAUCACUAUAACACCAGAACGAGAGAGUGUUGUGGACUUCAGCAAGCGGUACAUGGACUAUUCAGUGGGGAUCUUAAUCAAAAAGCCCGAAGAGAAAAUCAACAUCUUCUCUCUCUUUGCUCCUUUCGACUUUGCGGUGUGGGCUUGCAUUGCUGCAGCCAUCCCUAUAGUUGGUGUCUUGAUAUUUGUCUUGAACCGCAUCCAGGCAGUCAGGGCGCAGAACGCUUCCCAGCCAAGUCCUUCUGCUUCCUCCACCCUCCACAGUGCCAUCUGGGUCGUGUACGGCGCCUUUGUUCAGCAAGGGGGAGAAUCUACGGUCAAUUCUGUGGCUAUGCGCAUUGUAAUGGGAAGUUGGUGGCUCUUCACCCUUAUCGUGUGCUCUUCCUACACAGCAAACUUAGCAGCUUUUCUCACAGUAUCAAGAAUGGAUAAUCCUAUAAG